AUGAGUGAAAACCAACCAGCUCCUUGGUGGAAAGAUCUUCCUGAAGAAAUCAAACCAAUCAAAAAUGAUAAUGAGAUUGCCAAGAAGAAAUUUAAACAAGCCAAAGAAAAAUAUGAAGCAAUGACAUCAGUUUAUGAACAAAAGAAACUUGCAGAACAUAACGGUAAAUGGAUGAGGUCAUUAAUUACAACUGGUACAUAUAAUGAUAAAAUUAAAGCAUUGGCAUUAAUAGUAUCGAGUGGUCCUUUUAAUACAUAUAAUUAUCUUGUUCAAUUACUAGGACAUUGUACAAAGAAAAAUAGAGAUGAAGCUGAGUUAGCUAUAAGAGCAACAAAAGAGUUAUUUCAACAACACUUAUUACCAAAACGUUGUUUACUUAAUUUUCAACAACAAAACUUUGAAAUUGCAACUCCUUAUAUUCUUUCAAAAUAUUACUUUGAACAUUUGUUAAAAAAUUCUUAUGCACAAUUUCUUGAAAUUCUUAAAAACGCAUCAAUGGGAAAUGUUAAUAAAUUUAAACUUACUGCUAUUCGUUGUGCAAGUGAAUUAGCAGCUUCAUGUCCAGAACAACGAUAUAAAGCAAUAUCAUUAGUUGUAAAUAAAUUAGGUGAUCUUAAUGGUAAAGUUGCAAAUAAAACUGAUUUUUACAUUCAAGAAUUAUUAAAAAGAUAUAAAGAUACAACGGAAGAUAUUAUUAAUGCUAUAAGAGAAUUAAUUAUUCGUCCUAAUGUUAAUCAAAUUACUAUUAGAAGAGGUCUUACUUCACUCAAAAAUAUUCAGUAUUCAAAAAAUAAUCCAGAACAAGCAGAAGCAAUGAUUAAACUACUUAUUGUGUAUUUUAAAUCAUUAUACAAUCAAAAAGAAAUUGAUACUCGUGCUCUUCAAAAUGUUAUUAUUGGAAUGAGAAAAUGCAUUAAUUGUUGUAAAAAUUUUAAAGAAAUUGAAGAACAUCUAACUGACUUAUACAAAAUUGCUAGAACUAUUCCAUUUACUAGAGCUUUGGAAUGUGUUUCUUUAUUAAAUGAAAUUGAUAGAUCAAAACGUUGUAAUCGUUUGAUUUAUGAAAAAGUUAAUGAAAUAACUGAAUUACCUUCAGAAAAACAAUUUAUUUUCCUCAAUAUAUUAAGGAAUAACUUAUUAAAAGAAGAGUCUAUUGAUGUUAUUGCUUCUUUUAUUAAAAAAUUAUUGAUUAAAUCAUUAUAUUCUUCUCCUUCAUUCAUUUGUUCUGUACUUGGAAUUGUAUCAAAUAUGUUAAUAAAAUAUCCUAUUCUUAAAGGUUUAUUUGAUAAUGGUGAACUAUUAGACGAUGAUGAAGAACAUUACCAUGAUAUUGACAUUGACGAUAGUGGCAAUCAAAUUAUCAAAAAUGAAGGUGAAAAAAGCCAGCAUGAAUUUGAUUGGAAUAAAAGAGACCCUGCAUACACAGGAGCUAUUAAUACAAAAUGUUUUGAAAUUAAUUUCUUAUUGCAUCACUACCACCCAACAGUAAGACAAUUAACACAGUCAUUAAUUAAUGGAACUCCAAUUCAUGUAAAUUUGGAACUUUGGGAGUCAUUAAGUUCAAAGUUAUUACUGGACCGUUUUGCCUUAAAGAAGUUAAUUAAAGACCAACCACAUGAAGAAGAAGAACAAACAAAUGAUGGGCAUAUCUCCUUUGAUAAAAAAACUGUUAAUAAAACUAAAGAUGAAAAGAAUGAUCCUCGAAAGAUGAUUGUUAACUCAGAAGAAUUUAUUGAGUUAAAAAGAGAUAAAAUACCAUCAGAGCUAUUAUUUUUCUUUGAUUAUUACAUUGAUAAACACGUUGAAAAAGGUGUUGCUGAAAAUAAACCAACAAAUAACACUCAAGAAGAACAUGACGAUGACUCUGAUGGAAUGAGUGAAGACUUAGAAGAGGAUGAUGAUAUUAUUUAUAAUGGAAAAGUCUAUGUCAAAAAAGAAGAAGAACCUGAAGAAGGAAAUCUUGAAGAGAUUGAGUUUAAUGUUAGUAAAGAAAAUAUUAACAAUGAAGAAAAAAGUGAAGAAGAUGAAUAUGACUAUGAAGAUAUUAUGGAUCAUGAAACUAAUGAGCUUUUAGGAUUAGACGACGACCAAAUUGAUGAAGGAGAUAUGAGCAUCGAAGAAGGUAACGUUAUUGAUGAAGAAGAUGACGUUGAUUAA